CCGUGUUUCUGGACGGAAUCAUGUCGUGAUGCACAUACGGACAAUAAUACGGAAGUAGGAAUCAGCUGACGCUGCUGAUCACGCUUUUGGCUUCUGACGGGAGAAAUACGUUGCUUUUGAAAUGGAAGACCAAGAAAUGCAAAUUAAAGUUAGAAGAGUGAGUGACAAAUUCACGGAGAGUAUGAACGUCCUGGCUAACGAGCCAUCGGUUGCUCUCUACAGGCUGCAGGAGCAUGUCAGAAGGUCCCUACCUGAGCUGGUGCAGCACAAGACAGAUAUGCAGAGCUGGGAAGAACAAAGUCAGGGAGCCAUCUACACUGUAGAGUAUGCAUGCAGUGCCGUGAAAAGCAUGACAAACAGCAGUGUGUAUUUCAAAAACAUUGACAGCCUUCUUCGACAAACCAUCACCGUGAAGGAACAGAUUAGUAACCUUCAGGGCCGCAGACCAAUUGAUGUGACUCCAUCUCCUGGUCCCUCUCUUCCUGCUCCAUCAUCUGCUUCCUCAUGAACAUUUGACAGAUGUGUCCAAGGAAAAGGACAAUGGACCCAGGGAUGAUGAAGGAAGGAGGGGAAAGGCACAGCUCUGGCAUGUGAUGCGACUUCAGGAGUUGGCCUUGACAUUUUCCCUGCAGGUCUACCAUUUGACUGCGACAGAGGUGGGCUCACCAGGAGACAACCAGCCAUGAUAGUGAAAUGAUCCCUCCACCACCACCCAUCUGCUAAAAUAACAGCCACUCUGUGGAGCAGAGUGCACCAGCACUGCCAGGUUCAGCAUUAGAAACUCUUUAGUCAUGGCUGCUCAAAGGAUGCAUUGUUCUCUCAAACUGGACGGCUGGAUUAGAGGAAAAGCUGCAGCGCUGGUUUGUCUCUGCUGCUGAAAAUCCACUUUAAUAGCAUUGUUUUUUGUUUACAACUUUUUUUAUGGGUUAUUUAAUAAAAAUGUAAUUGGUCACAUUUUGGAAUAGAUUUAACCAUAACUGGUAACCAAACUGUUAUCUCUUUUUUUUGUGUGUGUGUGUGCAUUCUUACCUGCCAAAUAGAUAGACACCCCCAGACAGAAUAGUCCAAUAGCCACAUGCCGCACAGCUCUGCUAUCCAGGAGAAACCAGUCAGCUCUGUUGAAAGAGAUCCGGUUUCAGCAUCAAUGUUUAAUGCUUCACUUUUUAAGUUGUUGCAUUGGUUAAUAAAAAUGGAAAAGCUUGUAUUGUCA